GGGACGGUAGCUGAAUGAUAACUGCUGUCUGUGUUGCUCCGCCUGUGAGCUCCUGCUCUGGAGGAAUUUCAGCUCACACAAUGUUUUAUCUUCACACCAACUGCUGCUGCUGCUGAACAGCCAGGCAGCACAAUGUAAAAGCAGGAAUUAUCUGGCUCAGUCCGAUCACCACAAAGUUUCCUGUCAUGACAUCUGAAGGAGCUGCUCCCAAGAGGGCCAAUCUGGUGGCAUCCAGGGUCCACUGGAGCCACAUGGACCUACCUGAGCCUAUCACAGCUCAGAAUCAACAUGCUCACGGAAGCACGAGCCAGGACAGUGUCAGGGAAUGGCUCACCACCACCAUCACUGAGGGGGAUGCAAAGCAUGAACCAAUGACAGAAGCUGUAGAGCCUCUGAGGAGGAACCCCAGCAGUGAUGAUGACCUGGCUCUGGGUGUAGAAGCGUCUUUAUAUGGUAAACAAGGAGUGAGGACAGUCCAGGAGUUUCUGCGGUGGAGGAGGUCAAGUCCAGCUCUCAGCAGGUGGAACAGCCUCAGCUCAGCAACUUCAGGUCACUCAGGACCACUCAGUGUGAUGGACAUACUCAACCUGUGGAAUGAUGACCCAGAGGAGGUUUUGCUGGAUCUGGGCUUCGGUUGUGAUGAACCUGACCUCUCUGGUCGCAUCCCGGCUCGAUUCAUCAACCAUCAGUCUCAGGCAAGAGGAAUAAACCUGCAGGUAUUUCUGGAGGCCCAGAAGAACCGGUUGGACCUGGAGAACCCAGAUGUCAGCAAUCGUUUUAGACAGCUGGAAGUUCUCCAGCAGGUAACUACAGCCUUUUCCUCCUUGGUGGGAUCUUCCUCCUCUUCCUCCCUUUUCAGAGCACCGCCGGGGAAAGACCUGGCCCCUGAGGCUCGGGAGAGGAGGAAGCGCAUGGGCAUGCUGCUCCGACGAGCAUCGAAGAAGUCACAAAGCCAAAUAUGCCACAGCCCUAACACCCAGGACCCAACCAAACCUCCUGCCACCACUCCUCCCAGUGCUUCAACAGGGUCACUGCAGCUUCCACCCAGCCUUGGAGAUGAGAAUGUCCUCUUAAAGAGAGUCAAACCUGGACUUCAGGAGACUGUGUGUCUGAGUCCUCUGGUAGAGGAGCAAGGAGCUAGUCCAGACCCCCAGCUUCACAUGGCUUCUUUCAAUGUCCGAGAGGGAGCACUCAGACAUAGGCCCCUGAGGGAAGGUUACCCCCUAACAGCCAACACUUUUUUACAGAGGAAGAAGAGUCCAGGGCAGGCCAAGGAAUCAUUUGAAAUGGAAGAGAUCCACAGUUUUGAUGAAAGUAGUGUCACAGGGAGCUACGCUGGAGGAGCAGACAACUUAGUACGGGGUAUGAUACGAACCAACAGCGGCCAGUCAGACAGCAGUGGUUUUCUAGAAGAGCCUUUCAUUCCCUCCCUCCCUCAGCUGCAGUCACCUGGACCUGAUCUCUUUAAGGCUCUGUCAGGCCAGUCAGGAGGGAGUACUGACAGCCAGAGCAGUGAGAGGCCAAGCUCUCCUUCUCCUCCUUCUCCUCUUCCCCCUACCUCAUCUUUCAUCUCUUCUGCUGUUGAUAAAUCUCUUGUUUCCUCACCCUGUACUUCACCAGAACCUCCAUUAGUCCCCCCUUACCAAUCUCUUGUCUCGUCGAGUCUCCCAACAUCUAACCUGCAAAGUUCAGAGAUGGAGACAGCACCAGAUCAGAAUCAGUCUCCACCUAACCCCCCUGCUUCUUUGCCUGCAUUGGUGUGUGAGUAUCCUCUUCCCCACUCUUCCUCACCUAAGUUGCUGAACCUAACUCACUCCCAAUCUUCAGCUCUCCCUUUCCCUGCCUCCUUUACCUUCCUCCCCUCUACAUCUCCCCCCUUUCAGGAUGCCUCAGUGAUUGGAGGGUCAGAGGAGUUCAAAACUGCCCUCUCUCCCCCUUCUUCCCUAAAUCUGGAUUCUUCUGUCUCAAUUGCUACAUCUUCAACACAGUCUGACCCCCCCUCUGGGGGUCGAGGAGACACUCGGUCAGAACAAAUGGAGGUUUUCCCUUCCCCUUCUUUACCUGAUUUUCAUUAUCCACCCUCUUUAGCCUUUCCCCCAAUAAUUGAGUCCCCCUUAAAGUGUCCAGAGGACAACGAAAAAGAUUCCCUUUUCCCAGUUUCAGAUGGAAUAGACCUCUCUGAACCACCUACCGAUACACAAAAGGAAGAGGAAGAAACACCUUCUUCUCUCACCUUUCCCUUAGACAAGGAGGAUCCCUCAGCUCCAUCCUCUCUUGUUCUGGGCUCCUCUAAGUCUGAUGAGGAUUGUCCCACACUGCCUCACCUUUCUCCUAACCAAACCAUUCCAGUUUGUCAGCCUGCUCUGUCGUCACCCUCGCAUGAUCCAGAUGGUCUGAUAGAUUCAGCUGUUGGAAGAAUUUCAAACCUGACAGAGCCAGAGCAGUCCAUCUCUCAACAGGACAGACCAUGUCCUCAUGAUGAUAACACAGACCCUGCUCCAGCCUCUCCUGUCCAAGAUGUUAUUCAUAUUAAGAUGGAUCACCUCUCUGUGGACUUAGAGGAUACCCUUCAGAGAAAUGAAAAAGGAGAGGGAGAGGAUGAGAGACAUUCUUACACUGUGCAGACUCAAGAGUCUGUUUACAUCUCAGAUACAGAGAGUUCUGCAAGUCUGUCAGAAGGUUCUAGAUUAGUCUCUGAGGAAGUAUGUUACGAAACAGAAAUAGGUCCACAGGUCCCCUCCUGUAGUUUGCAUGAGCUUUCAGCUGAAACCAAACAAGAAGAGUUUAGCAAAGUCUCUCAAGUGGAAAUUGAUAACACAGAAAGUAAGUCACCCAGAAGUUAUUUAGUUUUACAUGAUGAAGCUCAAGAGGCACGCAGCAGAACUGAAGUGGAGGCGUCUGAUCUGAUCGAGAUAGAGAGCUUAGAUCUGGUGUUCGAAACCUCAGUGGAUGGCUCGGAAGGCGAAUAUGGAGACGUGGAUGCAUUUUUUCAGCAGAUUGAUACUGAAGGGCGAGUCUACUGGGCAGAACCCAUCCAGGUUUCCAGUACGACCCCUGUACUUGGAGAGUCAGGCAGCAUUGAGAGUUCAGAUGCAUAUCCUGAGAAUACUCUGUUCCCCAGAGGCUCAGCAGUUCUAGAUUCAUUCUCAUCCACAGGUAAAGCUACGCCUUUAUCAUCGUCAUCCUCAACAACAAUGGACACUGGGCAGGCUUCAUUAACAAAUGUGGCUUCACUCACAAAGCAAACUGUCUCCUCAGAUACCUCCUUGGCUCUAGCUCCAUUUUCAUCCUUCUCCACACCCCCCAGUCUUAAGCCAUCAAGCCGCUCUGUUUCUGUCCAGAUGUCUUCAUCUCCAUCUUCUCACAUUGUCCACAGGAAGGAUGUUCCCUACGUGACUGACUCAAAACACACCCUUCUCCCUAGUGUUCUCCCUUUGGAUACCUCCACCCCUUUCCGUGCUGUCCAGUCAUGGACAGAUCUGCACAUUCAACAAAACACUCUUACCAAGAAGUUGUCACAUGGAGGACUUCAUACAUUCCCAAACAAAGUGACUGUCUCUACAAGUGCCACAGAGAGGAUACAAAGACCCGCAGUGAUCUUCUCUUCGUCUCCAUCUUUCCCUCUGCUGACUACAGACUGUCAGUCACAUGACUGCCUCCCUGGGUUGGCUAGAAAUUACCAGACUGUGUCAGUAUCUGUGGAUACAGGGCUGUCGCCUGAUGAAGAUGAAGAGCUGGACAGGAAUGGAAACGAAGAUGAGGAGAAGCUAGGGGAGGCCCAUCAGGCAGCCACCAUGGUGUGCUGCUGCUCCUGUGAUCACCAGUGUACCUCCUGUACUCACAACAGUUAUACCACACAGCACACACUGGGAAACAUUCCUUACUCUCUGAGUGAGUUGGAGGAGAUGAUGCUGUGUCUGCAGCAGUUUCGCUCUGUGCUCAGCAACAUGGAGGAGCAGCUUUCCGAGGACCAGGCUGCAGUUUACAGUGCUCUCUCUGAGCAGGAUAGAGAGAACGUUCGAGACAUAGAAGAACUGAGGCGAGCAGUGAAGCAGGAGGCUGGAGAGCUGGAAAUGCAGUUGAAUGAACUGGCCCAUCACUAUGGUGACAGUUUGAAAAUGAAGAUACACAGACUGUUGGAUGAGCAGUCUCUGCUCUGCUCUCAACUCAGAGUCUUCCCACCAGGAGCCAUCCCCACAUCAUCGAGCCCCGCCCCCAACAGUUGAAGGACUCUUUGUACCAUUCUAUGAACACAGACGUUGGAAUAAAAGAUGUCAGUGGCACUGCAUGAGACUGCAUCUAACUGAUGAGAACCUGAAGUUUCCUCAAGUCACAUUUGAUUCUGUAACAGUUAAACUGAGUGAUGCUGAGACUAGAACUACUACAAGCUACAUGAGAUGAAAACUUCUAAGCAACUGUCUUGUUUGUAAAAUGAAAAAAACGGGAAAACUAAAGCCAUUAAAAUAUAACAGGAUAGGCUGUUUUAAAAUAGUUAAAAUCUUUAUUUGCAAGGUAAACUAUGUUAAUAGAAGUAUAUGUUAUUUAACAAAGAUGUUAAUACACACAAGGUCUCUGCUCAGUGAAUGCACAAUGCUUCAUAUGAAUAAAACCACAUAAAUAAAACUUA